CCCUAUCCGCACUUGAGGAAAAUAUGGCAAUUUAGAAAACCUUUAGAACUGACCGAACUGCGGGCAGAAAUAUGGCUACGGUAUUAAAGCACUGGAGGGAAGCUGCUACACUUGUGCUGGUAACGGGUAGAAAUACAUCUUUACGUGAGGGCAUUCGGUUUAAACCCGUGAAUGCCUCGGUUAUCAACAAUAAUAAUGUCAAUGGCAAUAAUGCAGACGAAAACGCAUUAAAGGGAGUUAAUUUUGAAGUAAUGCUUCUAAAGAGAAGCAGUAAAAGUAAAUUUAUGCCCAGUUUGUAUGUGUUCCCAGGGGGUGUAGCUAGUGAUGCAGACUUUUCAGAAAAAUGGAAAGCUAUUUUUCAUGAUAGUAAUAAUGAACUUGUUGAAAAGACAUUUGAAUACGCUAAAAGGGGUGGUAUUGGUCCCCCGAUGUUUAGUCGUGUUCGAGAUGCACAGUUUUCUCAAAUUCCAAGUGAGAUAGCGUUUAGAAUUUGUGCUAUAAGAGAGACAUUUGAGGAAUCAGGGGUAUUAUUAGCCAGAAAUGCUGCAGAUAUGAAGACAAUUGAUACAGACUUCAUGAAGCAUGGUCCAGUGAAAGCUACAGCCUUUCAAAUGAGUGAAAUUCAUGAGUCCUGGCGUAAAAAAGUUUAUGCAGAUGCAUCUGAGUUUGUAACAAUGUGUCAGGAGUUAAAUAUAAUACCUGAUGUAUGGUCACUGUAUGAAUGGUCAAAUUGGUUGACACCCACAGGUCAAGAUAAGUUUGCUAAAUAUGGUAGAAGAUAUGAUACUGCCUUCUAUGUUGCUUGUGUUCCAGAUAAACCAGAUGCCAUGGAAGAUCAAGGAGAGACAGUUCAUCUCCAGUGGGGCUCACCAGCUGAUAUUCUAACAGAAUAUAUGAAUGGUAAUGCUAAAAUUGCGCCUCCACAACUUUAUGAGUUAUCAAGAUUUCUCAACUUUGAAAAUAUAGAGGAUCUACAUAGAUUUAUAUGGCAAAGAGAAGAACAUCGUGUCAAACAAUAUUUACCUGUUAGAGUGCGAUGUCAGGAUGCAUACUUAUUUUUAUUACCUGGUGAUGAUUUAUAUCCUAAAGAACCAGAUUUUGAAGGAAAACAGGAGCAGCCUGAAUUAUCUGAAACACUUGAGGAAUUAAAUUGCAAAUUUCCGAAUCAGCACAGAACUUUUUUAUCAGGAGAAAGUGAUCAUGUAAUAGUAGGGUGUAAUAUACCUUUACCUGGUGGUCAUGUGCCACCUGUAUCUGAACCACCAAUCUCACAAAUUUCGAAACUUUAGAAUUUGCUGAUAUAUGGUCAAUGUUUUGUUGUGAUUCAAAUAAACAAAUAUGAAGCUAAUUUGUAUACAUAAUUUAAUAUAAAUUGCAAGUAAAUAUUGGUGUAAUCUCUGUCAUUUCAGACUAUACUGUCUACGCUUUGAACUUAGUAUGAAGGCAACUAUAUUAAUCUGGACAUAAUAGCAUCAAUUUUAUAUGUGAUAAUGACUUUUAGGGAAUAUUGUCUCAGUCCACUGUUUAACAAUGCAUUCUACAAAUUUCAAAUAAAGGCGAAGGUCAUUGCUCCUCUCAACAUACCAAUUGUAGGACAUGAGAACUUCAGUAUGACCUUUAACACUGUUAGCAUUAUUUUGUUAAAGCGAAGACAAUGUAGUCUGAACUGAUCAAUAAGAUUGUAAUUAGUGUGAUAUUAAUCAAAAUUAUUUUUUAAUGGUAAAAAAAAAUCUGUUUCUGAGGUCCUGCCUAUCAGUUUUGUUUGCGCUGCAGGCCAAAGUGAUCAUUCGAUUGACUUUAGAUUGAUACACGGAGUUAAAAUUGAAGACAAUGUAGUCUGAACUGAUCAAUAAGAUUGUGAUUAGUGUGAUAUUAAUCAAAAUUAUUUUUUAAUGGUAAAAAAUAAUCUGUUUCUGAGGUCCUGCCUAUCAGUUUUGUUUGCGCUGCAGGCCAAAGUGAUCAUUCGAUUGACUUUAGAUUGAUACACGGAGUUAAAAUUGAAGGUCCUAAGAGGAACAAGUAGCCUAUAUUGAACUUGAACAGGUAAAUCCAUGAUAUUAAAUGUUUUGUAUACUAAAUGCUGGAAGCCAAAUAAAUUCUAAUGAGUUGUUACUCUUAAUCAGAUUUUAAUGUAUUGUAAAUGUUUCAUUACCGAAAAAAAAAAAAAAAAAAAUAUGUGACAACUCUUUUGGACUGCUAGGUGUAUGUUUUGUUGCCUGACAACCAAUCUUUAUAUUUAUUCAGAUGGGCUCCAGAUUGUAUUUGUAAGACCAGAGUAAUUGGGUAUAUUAGUAAGUGAUAAUGAAAAAAUUAAAUAUCUUUUCAUUGAUUUAAAUAAGAAUUAAUUACAGAUCUUAUAGUAUUUUGUAUUGCCUACUCUUUUGUAAACUAUAAAAAAACAAAUAAAGACAUUAUCUUUUAAA